UUUUCAACGCCACCGGGGUCCCUGGGGAAAGGUGUGUGUGUGUGUGGGGGGGGGGGGCCUUCACCCUUCCCCUCUGCAGCCGCUCAGCGCGGCGUUUUGCACGGCGGCGGUUGCAACCCGGAGGAAAGCCGGCGCGUCUCGGCAGCGAAACUCCUCCGCCGCUCGCUUUCACCUCCCUCGGGGCCCCGAGGCACCUGCAGGAAGGGGAGCAGCCAACGGGCAAGACCAGCCGGGGCGGAAAACGAAAGCUGCCCCGUCAUCCUCGCCGCCAAGACCAUGGCUGCAGACAGCCCUGCCGAAAGUUUCCGCGACGAAGCUUCUUGCUCCAUCUGCCUGGGCUUCUUCCAGGACCCCGUCUCCAUCCACUGCGGGCACAACUUCUGCCGGGCGUGCAUCACCCGUUGCUGGGAGGAAGCCGAGGAGAAUUUUACCUGCCCUCGGUGCAAUGAGACGGCCCCGCAGAGAAACCUGAGACCCAACCGGGAGCUGGCGAAAAUCAUCGAGAUAGCCAAGCGGCUGAGCUUGCAGGCAGCCAAAGGAGGGGUGGGGGGGGAGAGGCUGUGCGAGAAGCACCAGGAAGCUCUGAAACUCUUCUGCGAGGAGGACCAGGCUCCUAUCUGCCUGGUUUGCAGAGAGUCCCAGGCUCACCGGGUCCACGCCGUGGUCCCCAUCGAGGAGGCUGCGGAGGAGCACAGGGAGAAAUUCCAGGCUCACGUGCAGAUCCUGAAGGGCAGGAGAGAAAAGCUGCUGGGGCUGAAAAUGGAUGAGGAAAGGAAAAGCCUGGACUUCCUCGAAAAAGUGGAAACGGAGCGGCAGAAGGUUGUGUCUGAAGUCAAGGAGCUGCGCCAGUUCGUGGAGGGACAGGAACGGCUCCUCUUGGACCGGCUGGCAAAGCUGGACGAGGAGAUCAAGAGGAGACAGGAGGAGACCAUCAACGGGCUCUUGGAGGACAUCUCCUCCAUCGGCGAGCAGAUCCGAGAACUGGAGGAGAAGUGUCAGCAACCAGCGUGUGAGUUCCUGCAGGACAGCAGAAACAUCUUGAGCAGGCUUGAGAAGGACAAUGCCCAGAAGCCAGCAGAGACAUCGCCUGAGCUGGAAGAGAAAGCCACUGGUCUUCCCCAGAAAAAUAUUGCCCUCAAAGAAAUGCUGAUGAAAUUUCAAGUCAGUCUGACGCUGGACCCAGAGACGGCUCACCCCCGGCUCGUCCUGUCCGAGGACGGCAAGCGCGUGAGAUGGGAAGACACCCGCCAGCCCGUACCCGACAACCCCAAGCGCUUCGACUCGUCGCGCUGCGUCCUGGGCUGCGAGGGUUUCAGCGCGGGGAGGCAUUACUGGGAGGUGGAGGUGGGCGAUGGGGAAGCCUGGGCCGUUGGGGUGGCCAGGGAGUCGGUGAGGAGGAAGGGACGGAUCAGCGUCAACCCCGAGGUGGGGAUUUGGGCGGUGGGGCAGUGCGGGAGCCAGUACCAGGCUCUCACCUCUCCUACCAUCCCCAUCUCCCUGCUCGCUGCUCCCAAGGUGAUUGGGAUUUACCUGGACUACGAGGCGGGGCGAGUAGCGUUUUUUGACUCCAAUAAUGAGGCCCCCAUCUUCACCUACCCCCCGACGUCCUUUGCAGGGGAACAAAUCCUCCCCCUGCUCUGCCUGGGGAGGGGGUGCCAGUUCACACUCUCCCCCUGACCCCCCGUGGGCCAGCAUCCACUCGAGUCUCACUCGCCGGGGCGCGGGGAGACCACGCGGGCUCAUCACCCCAGAGGUGGCUUUUGGGAGCAUGAAGGAUGCGCUCUCCGGGAUGAAAAAUUCUCCUUUCCCCAUCGUUUCUGUCAACAAGAAGCAUCAGUCGGUUCAGAGCUUGAACGGGAGAGGGGCUGCGCUGCUCCCCCCAAAAAACUCGCCUCGCUUUGUCAUCAGGCGGCUCUCCUGGCGAUGAGGCAUCCAUGCCCAUAAAUCCCUUCCAAAAUCCAAAUUCCAAAACGAGGCAAAAGCCUGGAGGACUUCAAGUUCUACGCGGUCUCUGGCAAGGUGGUAAUAAUCCAAUCCAAGGGCGAGAUAGGCAAGGCCUGAUCUGGUGGAAGGGUACAUCAAAUCCCCCAAAGUCCCUGCACCCCCGGCGGGAGCUUGCGUGGGCUCGGCGCUUGGGGCUGUGUGAUGUCCGCAUCUUUGGACGCCGUGAGCACUCAUGUCUCCAUGAGCAGCCACCCAGGCCGCGGGCCCUCCGGGGUGGGUGGAGAACGGUGGCAAACUGUAAUUUAUCUCCUCCAGAAAGGGCCCGACAAGAGCGUGUAGGAGUAUUUGCUUCUCCCCUCUCGUUACAGAGAGAGCCCUGAUUGACUAGAUGGCAUGGAGACACGUCUCCUGUAGAUACCUAAACCCGUGAGCAAUAAAACCUUCCCAAGGCA